AUUUUAUUGUUGUCGUCCACAGGAUUGGUUAUGGGGAAGUGACUCCUCGACUGAGACAAUUCCCACGGUGGAGUUGACUUCGGAAGAACCAAGAGGAGCGUUUGUGUUCAGGGCUCGAGACAGUUCACAACACUCUGCUGAUGACUACGAAGAUGAUUAUGGCUGGGAUAAUGCAGAAAGAAGUGAUACUGAAAGUGAACACACCAUAGGGGACAGUGAAAAUGAGCUUACCAUAGGAGGCAGUUAUGGUAGUCAAGCUGACGAUGGUAGCCACCGUUCAGGAGAUGAUGGUAAUAACAGUGAAAGAAAAUACGGCUAUAAUUACAGUUAUUCUUUCGGAGAUGAAGGCAGUGAAAGAACUGGUGAACAUGGCAACAAGUCCCCUGAUGAUAGCGGAACAACUGGUGACAGAACACAUAAUUUGGGACAGGGUUACAACUUCAGUUACUCUUAUGGCACUGAAGGCGGUAACAUUAUCGAUAAUCAGAGAGACGACGACAGAACCAACUACAAUUUCGGACAACAAGGCGACACCGACUCUAAUUACGGCUACGGAUCUCGCACUUAUAACGAAACUACCCGUACUUAUAGUUACGGAGUGAGUGGUGGCAGUGAUGGAAAUGAUAGUGGCCAUGGUGAUGACUACAACAGGAGAUAUGGUGCAGGAGGGGCUGGUAUUAGAAGAGAGUAUGGUGCUGGGGAUAGUGAGAGAAGGGUGUAUGGUGAAGGAUAUGGUGCUGGAGGGGCUGGUAUUAGACGAGAGGAUGGUGAGAGAAGGGUGUAUGGUGAAGGGUAUGGUGCUGAAGGGGCUGGUAUUAGACGAGAGUAUGGUGAAGAUGGUGAGAGAAGGGUGUAUGGUGCUGGAGGGGCUGGUAUUAGACGAGAGUAUGGUGCUGGAGAUGGUGAGAGAAGGGGGUAUGGUGCAGGAGGGGCUGGUAUUAGAAGAGAGUAUAGUGAAGGAGAUGGUGCUGGGGAUGGUGCUGAGAGAAGGGUGUAUGGUGAAGGGUAUGGUGCUGGAGGGGCUGGUAUUAGACGAGAGUAGGGAAGGAGAUGGUGCUGGAGAUGGUGAGAGAAGGGUGUAUGGUGAAGGGUAUGGUGCUGGAGGGGCUGGUAUUAGACGAGAGUAUGGUGAAGGAGAUGGUGCUGGGGAUGGUGAGAGAAGGGUGUAUGGUGAAGGGUAUGGUGCUGGAGGGGCUGGUAUUAGACGAGAGUAUGGUGAAGGAGAUGGUGCUGGAGAUGGUGAGAGAAGGGUGUAUGGUGAAGGGUAUGGUGCUGGAGGGGCUGGUAUUAGACGAGAGUAUGGUGAAGGAGAUGGUGCUGAAAGAAGGGUGUAUGGUGAAGGGUAUGGUGCUGGAGGGACUGGUAUUAGACGAGAGUAUGGUGAAGGAGAUGGUGCUGGCAGUGAAGUUGAAGGAACAAGAUAUGGUGCCGGAGGUGCUGGCAUUAGAAGAGAGUAUGGUGAAGGAUAUGGUGCUGGAGGUGGUGGUACAAGUUAUGACAGCUCAUCACAACCACAAGUUCAGCCAAGGCCAAUUCCCAGACGUCCUGAGCAGCCAGCUCAAGAGGACUGUGGAGGUGGAGACUGUAGCAACAAUGGCUGUAAAUGUAUCGGUGAAAAGGGCACCAGGGGAUCACCAGGACCCUCAGGACGUCAAGGAGAGAAAGGUCAGCAGGGUUUCCCAGGGAUGGAGGGUCUCAUGGGACCUAAGGGCGGUAAAGGAGAGCCAGGGCCACAGGGUCCCACUGGACCCAAAGGUGAUCGGGGCAAAAUGGGUCUUAAUGGCUUCCCGGGCAUCAACGGAAUUCCAGGUAUCCCAGGUCCCCCAGGUCCCACUGGUAGAGCAGGUUUGGAUGGCUGCAAUGGUACAGAUGGCGAGAGAGGCGACCAUGGCAACCCAGGACCGCCAGGACCACGAGGUUUCCGUGGACCAGAAGGCAAAAGGGGAGCAAAAGGAGAACCAGCAAUUGGGACAUGUACCACAAAUAAGGGAGAAAAGGGAGAGUCAGGGCGGGAUGGUAGACAAGGCCCACAAGGACCUUCCGGAAUUGCUGGUCCCAGGGGUGACCCAGGAUUCAGUGGAAAAGAUGGACUCAAGGGAGACAAAGGAUAUCCAGGACCCAAAGGUGAGAAGGGUCCAAUGGGUGUAGCAUUUAUAGGAAAACCAGGACCCAGAGGCCCUAGAGGAGAACCUGGCGAGAGUUACAACUGUACUGAUACAGGUUUUCUUGACAGUUGCAAUACCACAGUUGUGGAGAAGGCCAUUCAGGGUGAUAAAGGCAUGGAAGGCCCCAAGGGCUCAAAAGGCAACAAAGGUGACCAAGGUGAAAAGGGCUACAAAGGUCAACUUGGGACCAAGGGAGAAAAAGGUCUUCAAGGCCUCCCUGGACCACGGGGGCGCGAAGGUCCUGCUGGCCCUCCAGGACCCAACGGAUACAAGGGUGAUCGAGGCACUGAUGGAAUGGAUGGUCUGCGUGGCGUAAAGGGAGUUAAGGGUAACGAAGGUUAUUCUGGCCGUGAUGGUAGGAAGGGUGACCGAGGACCUCCUGGCCCCUCACAGGGUGGAGAGCCAGGGCCCCAGGGACCGCCCGGCUUACAAGGUUUGCCCGGUCCCAAAGGAAGAGAUGGCAAUGAUGGACUCCCGGGUCCACGAGGUUUUCCAGGUGAAACGGGGGGUCUUGGACAGCCUGGUAACCCCGGUAGAGAGGGAGUUCCUGGACGUAAAGGAGACAAGGGCAAUGGGGGUCGACCAGGUCAACCAGGGCCCGAGGGUCCACCUGGGGCAACCGGUGAACGUGGUAUAUCAGGACUUCCCGGACCAAAGGGAAACAAAUGCUUUUCCAUUCCUGGAGAGCCAGGACGUGAUGGAACAUCAGGACGUGAUGGUACGCCAGGUCCCCGAGGUGCACCGGGCCCUGAGGGUCCUCAGGGUAUCCCAGGUGACAGUAUAAACGGGAUCCCUGGACCUGGAGGAGAACCAGGAACCGUUGGCUUCCCGGGUAUCCCUGGUAAUCCUGGAGUAGAUGGAUUUCCGGGCCGUGAUGGACCAAAGGGGGAUAGUGGUUUGGACUGUGAAUGUGAGCAGUGCGAUAAAGGUGAGAAGGGUAUCAGAGGGCCUGACGGCUUGCCUGGUAUUGAAGGACCAAGAGGAUUACCAGGAGCUAUUGGGUACCAAGGAGAGAGGGGUGAAGACGGCACACCGGGAAUAACAGGUUUACCUGGCAACGAGGGUACCCCAGGCUUACCUGGAGCUUCAGGAAAUAAAGGUGAUAAGGGUGAAGCAGCUUUCGCCUUGCCAGGUCCUCCAGGCCCCAAAGGUGAUCUAGGACAACGAGGACUUCCGGGAAUUGAUGGACAAAAAGGAGAGCGAGGUUUCUCGGGAAGAAAUGGCUUGCAGGGUUUGCCUGGUCCAAAAGGUGACGGUGGACUGCCAGGUCAAAAUGGACGUAAUGGCAUUGAUGGCCAAAAUGGUCAACCCGGAUUUUGUGAAAAGGGUGACAUUGGUGUAUUUGGUCGGCCAGGCGAUAAAGGUGAGAAGGGAAAGACUGGUUUACCAGGUCAAGAUGUAGAAGCGGAGUCAAUCUGUAAAUAUACAGAAGGUCCUCAAGGUCUACAAGGUACCCCUGGACCAAGAGGAGAGCCAGGCGACAAAGGAGAUCAAGGUCAUACGGGUCUAAAUGGUCGAGAUGGUCCUCCUGGUAACACAGGCCCACAUGGACCUCGAGGUCUUUCAGGCCCAAGAGGUGACAAGGGAGACAGGGGUCCAGCUGGCCUCACUGGUGAUGAUGGAGUUCCAGGGCAGCCAGGUAUCCCUGGUCGAUUUGGACUCAAAGGUAAUAAAGGAAUGGACGGUCGGCCAGGUGUCGGGAGGCCAGGGACACCAGGAAAUCCCGGUUCAAAGGGCGAAAGAGGUUUGUCCGGACUGCCUGGAAAAUCAGGAUUACCUGGUCCUCAAGGUCCUCGUGGUACACCUGGUGUUAAGGGCAACAAAGGUACUCCAGGUCUCAAUGGACUGAAUGGCAUGAAGGGUGACAAGGGUAACGUAGGCCUUCCUGGACGCAUCGGACCAGCGGGACCUCACGGACUACCGGGACUUGAUGGACCGAAAGGUAUUGCUGGAAUACCGGGUUCCCCAGGCUCACCUGGUGUUAUUGGCCUCCCGGGAAUUAAGGGAGAACGAGGCUUCCCAGGUCAAUUAGGAAGUAAGGGAGCAACUGGUCCUUCAGGUCGACCAGGUGCAUUUGGGCAACCUGGCCUUGAUGGUAAACCUGGCUUACCAGGACCCAAGGGUGUUAUGGGCAUUGAAGGGUUUCAGGGUAGCCCCGGAAACCCUGGCCUUCCAGGUCUUCGUGGAACCGCUGGGUUGAAGGGUGACAUAGGUAUUGCAGGAGCUCCAGGUGAGCCGGGUCUUCCAGGACGAGAAGGACUACCAGGCUUCAAAGGUGACCGUGGACUUAUGGGCCCCCAGGGAGUACCAGGAGUAUCAGCCGCUAAAGGUGAAAAGGGUAAUGAAGGUCAGAAGGGUAAUGCUGGGUUACCAGGGAGACUUGGAUCACGUGGACCCACGGGUCUUCCUGGUCCAAAGGGCCGUGAUGGAUUUGGUCUGCCAGGUCCUGCGGGAGACCGAGGAGUUCCUGGAGCACCUGGUCUGGAUGGUCGUGAUGGACCGUCUGGUCCUCCUGGCAGUGAUGGAGUUGCUGGCUUCCCUGGCCCAAAGGGAACAAAGGGAUUACGCGGAGUUAUUGGAUCACCUGGAGAUAAAUGCAUUCCAAUUCCCGGUCCACCAGGAUUGCCAGGACCUAUUGGCCCCAAAGGUGAUCUUGGAUUAAAUGGUCGAGACGGUGAAAAGGGACAACCGGGUCGUUCAGGUUUACCUGGCCAGGAUGGAGCUCCAGGGAUUGAGGGUGACAAGGGUACAACAGGUCCUUCAGGUCUACCAGGUGUUGCUGGUCUGAAGGGAGGCAAGGGAGAGCCAGGCCUGCCUGGUCCCAAAGGCAAUGAAGGCAGACCAGGUUCCAAUGGUCUCACUGGACCUAAGGGAGACAGGGGUAACAGUGGAUUACCUGGUGCACCUGGACUACCAGGUAUAGAUGGUCUGAAAGGUGAUAAGGGUAACCCUGGUCCUGAGGGUCCUCGAGGUGAAGUGGGCAUGACUAUGAAGGGUGAGAAGGGUCUGCCUGGUUUACCAGGAAAGCCUGGUCGUAAUGGCAUAAAUGGACUAAAAGGAGAAAAGGGCGAUCUUGGGUAUGUUGGACUACCUGGUAAGAAUGGCCCUCCUGGAAUUUCAGGCCUCCCUGGUGCUAAAGGUGGUAAGGGUGAUGCAGGAACACCGGGACCUGCUGGAUUACCUGGUCAAGAUGGCAGAAAUGGGUUCCCUGGUCAGAAAGGUGUGGAAGGUCCAUCAGGAGACAGGGGUUUCCCAGGUCAGCCAGGGCUCAGAGGACUUAUUGGCCCAAAAGGUAAUAUUGGACCUGAAGGUCUUCAAGGCUUACCUGGUAGCUCAGGAGCCAAAGGUGAAAGAGGCAAUAAUGGUUUAGUCGGUCUCCCUGGAGAGAAGGGCAAUCAAGGUCCUAAAGGCUUUGAUGGGCUCCCGGGUGUAGCAGGUAGGCCGGGGCUCCCGGGUCUAAAGGGUGAAAGAGGUUUCCCUGGAGGUAAUGGUCGUCCUGGUAUUCCGGGCACCAAGGGAGAGCGUGGCUUGCCUGGACCACAGGGCCCAAGAGGACCAGAAGGACCUGAAGGUAGCCCAGGUAUGCCUGGUAUGUCUGGAGUUAAGGGUGAUCGUGGUUUUGAUGGAUUACCAGGUCAAGGUGGACCACCAGGAAUGAAGGGAGAUCGUGGUUUUGUUGGAGCACCAGGUCUUGUUGGACAGCCAGGUUUCCCUGGAUCCAAGGGAAAUGCAGGAAGGAGCUGUGAGGCUCAGCAACAGUAUUAUUCAGGCACACUGGUAGUAAGACAUUCCCAGACUACUAUUGCUCCCCGCUGUGAACAAGGCCAUAACCGUCUAUGGGAGGGCUACUCCUUACUAUAUGUUGAAGGCAAUGAAAAAGCACAUCAUCAAGAUUUAGGUUUAGCUGGUUCUUGUGUACGAAGAUUCAGCACGAUGCCGUUUAUGUUCUGCGACUUCAACAACGUAUGCAACUAUGCUUCUAGAAAUGACAAGUCAUAUUGGCUUUCUACAAAUGAUCCUAUUCCCAUGAUGCCUGUUGCUGACACUGCCAUUCGACCAUAUAUUUCAAGAUGUGUGGUGUGUGAAUCUCCAGCCAACGUAAUUGCUGUCCACAGUCAGUCACUCAAUAUCCCAGAGUGUCCUAAUGGAUGGUCUGGCAUGUGGAUUGGUUAUUCCUUUGUUAUGCACACAGCAGCAGGUGCAGAGGGUGGUGGUCAGUCCCUCAGCAGCCCAGGGUCAUGUCUGGAGGACUUCAGAGCUACACCAUUCAUUGAGUGUAAUGGGGCAAGAGGAACGUGUCAUUACUUUGCUAACAAAUUUAGUUUCUGGCUUGCCACAAUUGAAGAGAGAGACCAGUUUUCACGACCAGUGUCACAAACUCUUAAAGCCGGCAGUUUACUCACGAGAGUCUCCAGAUGCCAAGUUUGCGUUAAGGACUAAUUUGGGGGAAUGGAAAAAUAUUCUAAGCCUUUUCAUAUUGUUAGUUUUAUUACAGCUGAAACAAGAAACUCGUAAAUUAGAAGUGACAAAGACUGCUUCGUAAAAGGUUUAAAACAGAUGCCUAUAUUUUAAUAAGCUUCUUCUGCUUAUUGAUUUAAUUUUAUAUCAUAAUGCCAGUGUAAUUAGAUUUUAUGUCAAUGUCUAGUCUAUAUGGCUUCUUCCAUUCGCAUAUAAAGGAGCUCAUCGUUACCAUGUAAUCACCAACAUGCCAUAUAUAAAAAACCCUAUUUGAAAUGGAAAAAAAAAUGACUACCUAUAGAUCAACCUUUAUUUAGUUUUAUUAAGUCAUGUUGAUACUGAUUAAAGUUCAGAAUCUCAGAUCACAUUGUUUCUGCUCAAAUGAUGGUGUUUCGUAGUGUGUUCCAUAUGUCCACAAGGUGCUUCUACUCUGAGUGUAAGAUUGUUUUAUUCUUGAGAUUUUGCAAGAGCUCAUUGUUCUCUAUAGUAAAUAAUGAUUAUUUGAUAUAUUGAAUAUUAUGUGCAUUUUGCAGAACUCCAAGACAUUUGGUAAUUUCAUGUAUGUAGACUGUACACUACUCUUAAAAACAAAAUUAAUAUUUUACUUUGUUAUAAAUUUUGUGUGGUGCUACAUGUUCAUAGCUAUAGUAUAGGCAUAUCCUAAAUGUUAAUUCUUAUUUCUAAUUUAGCAUUUAUCAGGUUGACACUGCCAUAUCAAAAACCUCAUUAGAGGUUUUUGCUUUAAGUUUAGGUCGUAUUCCAAUUCUUGCUUUGAUAAGCAACAUUUUUUCUUUUUUCUGUUAUAAGUAUGGGAUUUUUUUCAAAUUUCAUAAUUAUACCAGAAAAAUACUUAGUAUUAAGAGGAAAAGAAUUAUGUAAAGAUAUGUUUUUGUUAUUUCUAAACCUCUACGUCACUGCCAUUUCUUAUACACUUUUUAAAUAAAAUUUUACUUCGACUUCUGCUUCAACUUUGGUAUUUUUAUGCACCCUUUGGCUCCUUAGCACUUUAACACUGGCACAUUUUUUGGAAUUCUAAUCUGGUUCAGAAAUUGUGUGGUUGUAGCUUUCUUAGAGUUGAACUAACUCUUGAGUGAUUUAGUUGGUUGAGUUAGUGUAUCUGUUAUCAUCACUGGUUCAACUCCUUAGCCUCCCUGCUUUUGUAUAGAGAUUUCAACCAAUAUUUUUGAAGUUGA